AUGGCAGCAGCCAUCUCCUCCUUCUUCAGACAAUCAACCUGGAUCCCCUAUCCUGAACUGACCGAGAAGAAUCUACCUAACCAAGCUGGUCGCGUGUUCAUCGUCACUGGCGGCUAUGCGGGUAUCGGCUACGAACUGAGCAAGAUUCUCUACCAGCAUGAUGGUACCGUGUAUAUCGCUGGCCGCUCGCAAGAGAAAGGAAACAAAGCGAUUUCGUCGAUCCGUGAGGCUGUACCCAACUCAAAGGGCAAGCUCGAGUUUAUGCACAUUGACUUGGCUGAUUUGACCACCAUCAAGCCUGGCGUUGAGAAGUUUUUGUCUCGAGAGUCAAGACUGGAUGUUUUGACAAACAAUGCUGGUGUCAUGACCCCACCGAAGGGAUCGAAGACCGCUCAAGACUAUGAGCUUCAGAUGGGAACCAACGUGCUUGGAUCCUUCUUGCUUACCAGACUCUUGCUUCCCAUCAUCGAGAAGACAGCGAAGUCUUCGCCUGCAGGAUCAACACGAGUCACUUUUGCUGGCUCUCUCGCUGUCGAUCUUAUGUCUCCAAAGGGUGGUGUAUCUUGGACAGACGGCAAACCCACAGUUCAUUUGUCGCAAGAGGCCAACUAUGGCCAGUCCAAAGCCGGAAAUGCUCUUCUCGCCAGCGCUCUGCGCCGCCGCUGUAAAGACUCCGGCGUCAUCUCCAAUGCAUGGAAUCCUGGCAAUCUCAAGUCUGAGUUGCAAAGACAUAUGCCCAGUGUACAAGCCAUGUUUGUCAACAUGAUCGUUUACCCAGUCCAGAACGGCGCUUAUACAGAGCUUUUUGCUGGUUGGGGUGAGGAAGCCGGGCGUCCUGAGAACGGGGGCAAGUUCAUCAUUCCGUGGGGUCGUUUUGGUCCUGUGCGUGGGGAUGUCGCUGAUGCAAUGGAGAAUGGAGGCGACGAAAAGCUGUGGGAGUGGUGUGAGAAGGCUUCUGCGCAGUAUGCUUGA